AUGAUCGACACCUUGUCGAUUAUCAGCAAUGGGGGUAUUGUCUUGUGGGAGCAGAGUUCGGACAGCUCUGGAAGACGUUUGAUGGUGAACCGUGUUAUUCAGGAGGUUCUUCUUGAGGAUCGUGCAGGUGUGCCGGAGCUGGUGAUCGGUGACUACAAGGUCUGUUGGGCUCUGGAAAAUGACGCUCAAUUUUUUGUAAUGUGUGUCUACCCAAAGUUUCUCCCUUAUCUCCAUAUGGGCGCCUUCUUGCGUGGUAUUGUGAGGACCUUUGCGAAGAAGUAUGGCCGGAUUCAGGACAGUUUAUUUGACGAAUAUGACUUUUCGGCGGAGUUUGCAGAGGCCCUGUCAACCUUAGACGCCGGUGGCGGCGGCGGCGGGCCCGGUGUGGCUGCUGCGGAGGAAGUUGCCGACAGCGGCAGCGGCGGCAGUGAAGAAGGCGAGGCAGCGCAAGAAGCCGAAGGGGAGGAGGGUGACGAGGAAAAGGUGGUGCAGCGAGGUGGCGACAGAAUUGUUACUAAGAGCGGGCAAAUCAUUGGACGUAAGGGAAAUAAAAUGACAGUUGGCGGCAAGCCAGCAGCUUCAACAAAGGUCACAAAAAAAGGUAAACCAUUGAAGAAGGCGACCCGCUGGGAUGAACCCUCAUUUGACCCUGCCGUCAACGACCAGCGGCAGCAGAGGGCUCCCACGCAGGAAGAGUUGGAGGCGCAGGCGGAGGCCCAACGUGCCUCGUUUAUUAAACGGUUGCCAAACGGGAAUGUCGCACCUGUGCGAGAAAAGGAGUGGGAAAACCAGCCACGUGGGCGCUUAGCUAACUGGUUACGCUUGUAUGUCGGGCGACGGGAGUUGGACAGCCAGGAUUUUCAACGAGUUAUUCCCUGCUUGCGUGAAAAGCUGAUUGCCAAAAAUGUCGCUGUUGAGGUGGCGGAGCAUGUUUGUAAGUCCGUAGAAACUUCAUUGGAGGGAAUGAAACUCGGCACAUUUGAUUCUCUUCACCAGUGCAUUGAGAAGGCCAUGACUUCGGCACUUCACCGUAUCUUGCAGCCCAAGCAUGAGGUUAAUAUUUUACGUGCCGUGGCGUCGGCUCAGUCCCGGAAAAAACCGUAUUCUAUAGUUCUUUGUGGUGUGAACGGUGUGGGCAAGUCCACAACACUUGCGAAAAUUGCCUAUUGGCUCCAGCAGAACGAUCACAGUAUUAUGAUCGCCGCAGGUGAUACGUUCCGGCACGGGGCUGUAGAGCAGUUGGAGGUACACGGCCGCUGCUUGGGCGUGCCGGUGUUUCAAAUGGGUUACGGGACCGACCCCUCAGCGGUUGCAGCAGCAGCCAUUGCACAGGCCACCCGUCAGCAGUACGAUGUGGUUAUGAUUGAUACAGCAGGUAGGAUGCAGGAUCACGAAUCACGCAUGCGAGCACUCGCGAAACUUAUUCACGACAAUCAACCUGACCUGGUUCUCUUUGUGGGCGAGGCCUUGGUGGGAAAUAGCGGAGUGGACCAACUUCGUAGGUUUAACCAGUGCCUAGUUGAUUUCUCUCCUGUCGGGACAGUUCCACGCGGUAUUGAUGGAAUUGUUCUCACAAAGUUUGAUACCAUUGACGAUAAAGUUGGUGCGGCGCUCUCGAUGGUUUAUGAACUUGGCCAGCCAAUUGUAUUUGUUGGUUCUGGCCAGACCUAUCAGGACCUAAAAGUCAUGCAACCGGAUGUUGUUGUCAGCGCAUUAAUGGAGUAG